AUGGCAGCAAUACUCGAGGAAAUUUACUACGCCCUCAUGGCCCUCGCCGCUGCUUGCGCUUUGGCAUUCAUCUGCAUCAUCAUUUUGGCCUUCUGUGGAUGCAUCACGUGCUCAGUCGGUGGUGGAUUUCUAUGCUGUACGGUUCAACGAAGAAAGAAGCAUCCGGACGGGACCGUGACUUAUGAAUCUUGCUGCCAAAGUUGCUGUGGCGGAAACGACCCGGAAGCAGUUUUGACCGAAGAAAGCUUGAAUCAGAUUGGCCCGGGUUCUGAUGCUGUUGAAAGAGAAGCCUCCUGCGAUGAUUUGAAAAAGGCUGAAGAUGCGCCACCCUCUUAUGAAGAGACAGAAUAA